AGAGGCGAUUAGAGGCGCCGCUGCGGCGAGGAGGAGGAUGAUGGACGCGGGCCCCCCCCCCGCGUUGAGAGGCGGCACCGCGGACGAGCACGACGUUGAGAAGCUGCAGACGGGCAAGGGUGGCGGUGGUGUUGUUGGUGUCGGUGACGACUUGGUGGGGGUGGUCGGAGCGGGUCCCGGUGCCCACGGGGGUGGGCCCCCCACCUCCACAGGCGCUGGAGGCAGCGUCGAUGACCCGUCCAAGAAGAAGCGGCAGCGGCGGCAGCGGACGCACUUCACGUCGCAGCAGCUGCAGGAGCUGGAGGCGACCUUCCAGCGCAACCGCUACCCGGACAUGUCCACGCGGGAGGAGAUCGCGGUGUGGACCAACCUCACCGAGGCGCGCGUGCGGAUCUGGUUCAAGAACCGGCGCGCCAAGUGGCGCAAGCGUGAGCGCAACCAGCAGGCGGAGUUGUGCAAGAACGGCUUCGGGGCGCAGUUCAGCGGCUUCAUGCAGCCUUACGACGACGUCUACUCGGCCGCCAGCUACGGCUACAACAACUGGGCGAAGGCGCUUCAGCCCUCCGCGGCGCCCCUCUCAAAGAACUUUCCAUUCUUCAACUCGGUCUCGCCGCCCGUCUUCUCGCCCCCGUGCACCACGGGCAUGGCCGCGGCAGCCGCCGUCGCCUCUUCCUCGAUGAUGCCCCAACACCACCCGGGCAUCGGCAACCUCAGCGGUUCGCCCGUGGCCACGAGUCCCGCGUCUGGAGCCGGCGGGUGCCCGUACGCGGUGGCGGCCCACGCGGCCGGAGCGCCCGCGCCGCCCUACGUCUACCGGGGCGACCCCUGCAACUCGAGCCUGGCCAGCCUGAGGCUCAAGGCGAAGCAGCACCACUCGAGUUUCGCCGGAUACGCGGGCCUGCAGGCGCCGCCGUCCAAUUUCAGCGCGUGCCAGUACGCAGUGGACCGGCCCGUCUAGCGUGCUCGUCGGUGGGCUGGGGGGCUGGGGGGGGGGCUAGGGAGGGGGCUGCAUCCCCCCCCCCCCCGGUCGGUUGGAGGCGAUGAGCGAACGUGGCUGAUUUGCGCGAGGCACGGCACGCUGGUGGCGAUGCAGCGCUGCCCCCUUCUCCAUCACCCCCCCACCCCUCUCCUCCACCGAAUCCCCGCGACGAUCAUCGUCGCCUCGACCACCAAACACCACCACCCACCGCCGCAUUGGACCCUCCUCCACCUUGACUCGGCGCAAGGAGUGGGAAGACAAAGGCGGCUCGCUCACGUCCUCACGCACCCGAUGCCUCGCUCAGCCAAACUCAAUCGCUCGCUCGCGCACUCGACUCGCUCCGCUGAGGCUCCGUCGCUCGCACUGCGGCUCACACGAGGACCGCUGAGGCUCGCUCGGGCUCAUCGACUCACUCAACAACGCUUACUCAACAACGCUCACUCGCUCAACAACGUUCACUCAACAACACUCACUCGCUCAACAAUGGUAACUCAAUUCUCACUCAACUCUCACUCACUCACUCAACAACGCUAACUCACUCAACCCUCAAUCACUCAACUCUCACUCACUAAACUCUCAAUCAACUCUCACUCAACUCUCACUCACUCACUCAACAACGCUCACUCACCAACGCUAACUCAAUCAACUCUCACUCAACUCUCACUCACUCAACAACUCUCACUCACUCAACGCUCACUCACUCAACAACGCUCACUCAACAACGCUCACUGGCUCACUCACUGGCUCGCCCACGCUCACCCACUGACCGCUUGCUCUUCAGCUCACUCAAGAAGACUCACUCGCUCGCUCACUCUUCUGCUCGCUCGCUCGCUCGCUCAUUCAACAUUCAUUCCCUCGCCUCCGGCGUGCGCGCGAUGGACUUUGGUUCUGUGGCUUAGGGCACAGAAAAGCGGUGCCUCCAUAAACUUCCAUCCUCCUCCCCUGUUGGUGAUGGUGAUGAUGGUGCUGCUGGUGAUGGGUGCUGGUGAAGCUGAUGGGUGCUGGUAAAUCGAUGGUGAUGGGGCUGGUGUGGUGAUGGGGCACGUCGUGGAGAAGCUGAUGUCCCCCCCCCCCCCAUCGCCAUCACCGCCCUCAGGGUGG